GAAUAAUUGUUUCAACUUAUUAGAAUUAUACAGAAUAUCUUAUGAUUUUUAAAUACUUAAAAUCAAAGUUGUAAAUGACCUUCUAGUUAUAAAUUAUCUUUUAUUUAAGCUUUUUUCUCAAAGACUACUGUUUUUGUAUAUUGUACAAAACAUAUAAUUAUUUGUUCUAUGAUUAUAAACAUUCGCAAUUGGUUAUAUACGUUUACCGCAAUUUAGGUUUAAUUAUAAUGUUAAAGAUAUUUAUUAAAUAUCACAGAAAAGAAUUUGAAGCAUAAAAAAAUCGUAAGAUUUGAAAUUGAUUAUAAAAAUGAGUUCCUUCAAAUAUCGUCAAUUUACAGCAGCUUUUAUGAUAAUAAGAAGCAUGGCUACUGUAAAAAGAUUUUAUCGAAGAACUAACAUUUUGUCAAGUGGUGGAAAAUUUGAAAUAACUUUGGAUCAAAGAAAACUCAAAACACCUAAAGGGAAAAUAUUUGAAGUAAAUAAUAAAGGUUUAGCUUUAGCAGUGGCAACAGAAUGGGACGCACAAAAAGAUAUUAUCGAAAAAGAAAAUAUGCACUUGACAGCUUUAUGUAAUACUGUACUGGAUAAUCCGAACAAUCAAACCAAGUUAGAUAUAGUGAAUUAUAUUACAAAUUGUUUAGAAAUAGAUACAAUUUUAUUUCAUUCUAGCGAAAUAGAUGAUCUGUAUAAGUUACAAGUUGAAAAAUGGGAUCCUAUAGUACAAUGGUUUUGUGAUCAUUAUAAAGUAAAUAUUGUUAAAACCCAAAGUAUAGAUACACCUACAGUGCCAAUAGAAACCAAAACUGUCUUAACAAGACAUUUAUCAUCAUAUGAUUUUAAUGCUGUUCAUGGUUUUUUAUAUGCAGUUAAUGCAUUGAAAUCAGUAAUUCUUACUUUAGCUGCUAUUGAAAGAGUAAUUGAUGUUGAGAAAGCUGUAGAAUUGUCUCGCUUAGAAGAAAUAUAUCAGAUUUCACACUGGGGAAACAUUGAAUGGUCUCAUGAUCUCAGUAAAUACGAUUUACAAUCUCGUGUGGCAGCUGCAGUCCUAUUUGUACAUUUAAAUUCAUACUUAGUUACUUCGCUACCCAAAGGAAAUAAAAUUCUCAAUAGUUAACUAUUCCUGUGGAAUAUUAAAUUAUUGGUACUUUAACAUAAUAUAUCAACAAGGUUGAUAAAUUACUAGAAAAACGUUUUUCCACUGCUACAGAACAAUCCGGACCCGUCCAAUCCUUCGUGCAUAUACAACUAAAAAAUAGAUUAUAUAAUUCAUGGAAUGACGAAUACAUUCGUUACGGUGACACUCUCCUACGCCACGUCCAGUAGCUGGACUAGAACUGGUUACAGGGAAGACUGUAUCCUUCGUACGUAAUUCGAUAUCAAAUAUACAUCCAGAGAAACCAGUGUGUAAAGGUAGAUCAUGUGGUAGCAUUUCAAAAUUUUUUGAUUUGUGACCUCCUAUAAAACACUUAGAAAAUGUCAAAUAGUAGAUCUAGAAAAGAAUUGAAAUAUGUAUAAAUAAAAGAUCAGAUUUUACAAAGAAUAAGAUGCAAACCAAUGUAAAGUAUAGGAGACACAUCAAGUUGAGACAUAGCACCAGCUGCUUGGCCAGUAACAUUAUCUGUACCAUCAAUAGCAAGCCAUGCAUCUCUCCCUUUUCUUCCAAUAUGUACUGUAUGUGGAUUAUGGCUUUUUAUUCCUGGCGCAGUUGCAGCUGAUACGGAAGUUAGGGGUGUUUUUGUGAAGAUUCUGCGUACGCCUACAUAAAUAUCACUGCACAAAUGAAUGAUAAUUGCACUAGUAGGAGCAUAUGCUCCGACGCCGUUAUUAGUUGUCAAUAUCGAUUUACCUGAACCAAGAUCCCAGGUUAACAUGAUAUAACCACGUACAUACGUUAUAGAGAGAUGAUCUGAUAUUUCUUGGCGUGAACCACUUUGCCCUAAAUAAGCUAUGAGAGAUAUUUGAUCUACAGUAUGUGGAAUGAGUUUCAUUUUAAGUUCCAUAGUGUCCCUUAUCGAAUUUGAAACACCAUAAGCAAUAUAUGAUGAAAAACCUGGUACCAGAGUUGAAAAGGAUGGACGAAUAACAAUGGUAUCUGAAAAAUAUUUGAUAAAAAAAAUAGAAUUAUAGAUGUAGUUAACAUCAAAUUAUAAUACAAUUAUGAGUUAUAUUUCAUAUCACCUUCUUCACAAAAAAGUCCAUGAUUUCCAAGAGGACAAAUGCAAAUAAAACCUGUUCCGGGUGAACUUAUACAGGUCGCACCUAGCGAACAAGGAUUCUCGUCGCAUAUUGAACGUUCGCAUAAUGUCCCUGUAUAACUAUCGAAUUAUAUACGUGAAUUUAUUAUGAAAUAAAAAAAUAUUUCGUUUAAUAUUGAGACAUGAUGAAAAAAUGCAAAUUAAAAUUUAAUUACUAACCCCGCAACGCAAUGACAACGAACAACACCAUUUGUUUCCUCACAUGCUCCAAAGUUUUGACAUGGAUUUGAUAAGCAAAAGAAUGACGUACAUUCUUCAAUUUGAAAUGUCUCUGUAGAAUCAUGAAUAAAAUUUCUCUGGAUACCAUUUACCUUCAAUUACAAAAUCUUCAAUUCAUAAAUGUAAAACACGCAAGCAAAUUUAGCGAUAGAAGUGUUAAAAGAAAAGUGCAUUUGACAUUUGUACAAAUAAUAAAUGUAAUCGUAUAUUUA